CCCAACCCCCCUUGUAAUUCGCACCCUGUUCAUAUUUAAAAGCAAUAUUUGAUACCAAGUUCCAGCAAGAGCCACAAAGGGUCGCCAAAGGACGUGAUUGAGCGCAGGGCACGUUAAACAUGAGGAGUGACGUCACAGGGAAUUUCCAGUAAGGAAGUCAAGCUGUCUAUUCAAACCUCGCGUUGAUCUCGACAUGAUUUACUGCGAUCUUUCGCGACAGGCGAUUAAAACGCAUUAAUGCAUUAAAUGCUGGAGCUCCUCCGUCUCUCUCGCCACCCGCCGACAUUAGCGAUCCAACAUGGAGGAAUAAGUUGAAAAGUCAGCCUCAGAUCCGUGUGUUUGGCGCUGGGCAGCAAAGGCCAAAGACACUGUUCGGACUUUAGAUGAACUCUUGUGGAAUCAUGGCUGGCGAGGACCCAUACGUCACGUAUUUGGACAGCAAUGACCCGUUUCAAGACACCAUAUGGAUGAACACCAUGGACCCCACAACCUUUCCAGCCAUCCACAACAAUAACAUCAUGAGAACAGUUGAUGGGCCUUGCUUACAAAUCACAGAACAACCAAAACAGAGGGGCUUCAGGUUCCGCUAUGGGUGUGAGGGCCCGUCUCACGGAGGGCUUCCAGGGGCCUCCAGCGAGAAGAACCGCAAGUCCUACCCACAAGUGCAGAUCUGUAAUUAUCAGGGCCCUGCUCGUGUGGUGGUCCAGCUGGUGACCAACUCUCAGCAUCCGCAUCUUCACGCUCACAGUCUGGUGGGAAAACAGUGUGAUAAAGGCAUCUGCAUCUCCGACAUGCAGCCCAAAGACUCCAGCAUCAGUUUCCCUAAUUUGGGCAUCCUGCACGUGACCAAGAAGAACGUGAGUAAAGUGUUGGAGGAGCGCAUGAUGGAGGCCUACAGGAUGGGUUACAAUUACGGCAUCUUCAUCCACCCGGAAAUCGACGCCUUGCAGGGAGAAGUGCGCAUGCCCAGAGAACUCAACGAGGCUGAGAGGAGUCUGAUCAGCAGUGCAGCGUCUCAGCAGGCGAAGGAGAUGGACCUCAGUGUGGUUCGGCUGAUGUUCACUGCGUUCCUGCCUGACAGUGAUGGAGGAUUCUCACGCAGACUGGAGCCCGUCAUCUCAGAGCCCAUAUAUGACAGCAAAGCUCCAAACGCCUCCAAUCUGAAGAUCGUGCGGAUGGACAGAACCGCCGGCUGCGUGACCGGAGGAGAAGAGGUUUAUCUGCUCUGCGACAAAGUCCAGAAAGAUGACAUUCAGGUGCGCUUUUAUGAAGAUGACGAUUCAGGCUGGGAGGCGUAUGGGGAUUUCUCUCCCACAGAUGUGCACAGACAGUUUGCCAUCGUCUUCAAGACUCCUAAAUAUCGAGACCUGAACCUCCAGAAGCCCAUCUCUGUGUUCGUGCAGCUGAAGAGGAAAUCCGACAACGAGACGAGCGAACCAAAGCCCUUCACCUACCAUCCACAGAUCAUCGAUAAAGAAGAAGUGCAGAGGAAGAGACAGAAGACCCUGCCUAACUUCCAGGACUACAGCGGAGCAGGAGGCGGAGCCGGGGGCAUGUUUAGAGGAGGAGGGGGCGGGUCUACAGCAGGGGGCGGGCCCAGCGGAGGAGGAGGAGGAGGCGGAGGGCAUUUCUUUCAUGGGUAUCAAAACUUUAAUAAUUUUGGGAGUGGAUACAGCUUCUCCUCGGCCAUGGGAGGAGGCGGGACCAACAUCAAGCAUGCACACCAAGAGCCGGUUGAAGACAGCGAAGGUGAAGAUGAUGAUGAUGAUGAUGAUGAUCCCGCAGCAGGAGGUGUUGUGCAGCUCUCAGAUCAUCCGGGAUUUACUGGAGUAAAAGCAGAAGAUCUGCACGCCUCAGGAAGUGUGUUAGCGCCUCAUUUAGCUGAACUAGCGAGUCGACAGGCUGAAGCGCUCUUUCAUUACGCAGUAACGGGUGACGCUCGACUGCUGCUGGCUCCACAGCGCCCCCUCAUGACCACUCAGGAUGAGGACGGAGACACGUAAGUCAGCUAACACUGCU